AUGCCUCAUGACGGUCUUGUGAGGUUCCGCACGCAACAACACCACCCCAUCAUAGGCGGUUACUCUCGGAAGGGAAAACUGUUGAGCUUCGAAAAGCAACAAGCAUUUCGUCUUGGCCCGACUCCAAAGUUGUUCGUUCAGAGUCAGCCACCUAGCCCAAGCAACAACCUUCUGCUUGACGCUCGUCAAUUGCGUUCCAGAAAGAGAAAAGGCACGGACGCUCCAUCAUCGAUACACUGUGCUACGUCGGACUCAACCAACCAUCGCCCCUCUCCCUGCCGCCAAUCCGACAAUGCCCAUGUCGCAAACCCAUUGGACCGGAUGGGCCUGACAUCUACCCCCAUCAAUCCAGAUUGUGUAAUUGCCGUCGUUGAGCUUCACGAGCCCAAUGACAACAUGGGCAAGAAUGUCUAA